ACGGGGGAUACAUCAGCAGCGACGAGGCAUCCGAAUCCAAUGGGGAGGAGAGCGUUUUGUUUUAUCAGCGCUUCGUGGGGGAGGGACGCCGCCUAGAUGGAAGACCGCUGCGCAGCAGCAGCAGCAGUAGCAGCAGCAGCAGCAGCAGCAGCAGCAGCAGCAAGGAGACGGAAGAGGCGAAGCUGCUGCGGCGUAAGCCGUGGUUGGGAAAGUUGCCUCACGGUGUCCGGCGGGAAUGUGCUGCUUAUGAAGCCUUAGUUCGGUCGGGGCGGAUCCCAGGGGUAGUAGGGAAGGUUUCUGCUGCUGCUGCUACUGCUGCUGCUGCUGCUGCAGCAGCAGCAGCAGCAGCAAAGCCGCCAGCUAACAGCGGGGAUGGAGACUUUCAGCUUUUUGGAGGCACAGGAAAUAGACUAGAGUAG